GCUGCUCUCUCCGCCGGAGAUUGGCCGUGAAAUCCAUGUCCGACGGGAACUUCAACUCCGAAAAGAAGAAGAAGAAGAUAAAGGAAGCCAAACUGAGAUCUUCAGUUCAAUUCCUUUUCUGGUUUUUACCCAUUUGAGCUGUCAAUAUGGGGAACUGUUACGCUUGCUUGGGAGUUGUAAACUCAGAAAACCAGAACAAAUCAACGAAGAAAAAGAGAAGAAAGAAGGGAAGGAAGAAAGAGAAACCCAAUCUUUUUGCUCAAGGCCCCAGGCCUACGGCGCUGAUUCGAGUCCUCAAAGACGUUGUGUGUCACCGAACUCGCAUCACUGAUAAGUAUAUACUGGGUCGUGAACUGGGUCGAGGGGAGUUUGGUAUUACCUACUUAUGUACUGAUAGAGAAACUAAAGAAGCCCUAGCCUGCAAGUCUAUAUCCAAGAGGAAGCUUAGAACGGCCAUCGACAUCGAAGAUGUACGCCGAGAGGUUGCCAUCAUGUCUAGCCUUCCUGACCACCCAAACAUCGUCAGGCUUAGAGCUACUUACGAAGACAAUGAAGCUGUGCACCUUGUUAUGGAGCUCUGUGAGGGUGGUGAGCUCUUUGAUCGGAUCGUGGCGAGGGGACACUAUAGUGAGCGUGCAGCGGCGAAUGUGGCCCGGACGGUUGCCGAAGUUGUUAGGAUGUGCCAUGAGCAUGGAGUAAUGCAUAGAGACCUUAAACCUGAGAAUUUCCUCUACGCUAACAAGCGAGAGCAUGCGCCGCUUAAAGCCAUCGAUUUUGGACUCUCCGUCUUCUUUCGUCCUGGGGAAAAGUUCUCGGAGAUCGUGGGAAGUCCUUAUUAUAUGGCACCGGAGGUGUUGAAGCGGAAUUAUGGGCCGGAGGUUGAUAUAUGGAGCGCUGGUGUGAUUUUGUAUAUUUUGUUGUGUGGGGUUCCUCCAUUUUGGGCAGAGACUGAACAGGGAGUUGCCCAGGCAAUUCUGCGGGGGAUGAUUGAUUUCAAGAGGGAUCCAUGGCCUAGGGUUUCUGAAAGUGCUAAGAGUCUUGUUCGGCAGAUGCUGGAAUCAGACCCAAAGAAACGCUUGACUGCUCAACAGGUUCUGGAUCAUUCCUGGCUACAGAAUGCGAAGAAAGCUUCAAACGUUCCACUUGGAGAUAUUGUGAGGACAAGGCUGAAACAAUUCUCUGUGAUGAAUAGAUUCAAAAAGAAAGCUAUGCGGGUAAUUGCGGAGCACUUGUCUGUUGAGGAAGUGGAAAUCAUAAGAGAUAUGUUUAAAUUGAUGGACACCGAUAACAAUGGGAAAAUAACAUACGAGGAGCUGAAGGCUGGCUUGCAGAAGGUCGGUUCUCAAUUGGCUGAAUCAGAGAUGAAACUGCUGAUGGAAGUGGCUGAUGUCGAUGGGAAUGGUACAUUAGACUACGGAGAGUUUGUUACGGUCACAAUCCACUUACAGAAGAUGGAAAAUGAUGAACAUAUCCGUAGAGCAUUUACGUUCUUUGAUCGGGAUGGGAAUGGUUAUAUUGAAAUGGAUGAGCUAAGGGAAGCCUUGACAGAUGAUUCUGGAGAAACUGAUGCUGAAGUACUGAAUGAUAUCUUACGUGAGGUUGACACAGACAAGGAUGGGAAAAUCAGUUAUGAGGAAUUUGUUGCAAUGAUGAAAACUGGUACUGAUUGGAGAAAGGCAUCUCGACAAUACUCCAGAGAGAGGUUCAAGAGUUUGAGCAUUAACCUGAUGAAGGAUGGUUCUUUGAUAAUGGGCAAUGAAGCAGAUGGUCAAAUUACGGUUGUCGAAGCCAAGGGGAACGCUAGCUAGGUCUUCUGUGAUGCAGAAAUAUUCUUUUUCUCUAAAGCUAAACCAAAGCAAUGUUCAUCUUCAAAAUAUUCAGUGCACGAAAAAUAUGGUGUGAAAGAAAAUGUAUCCAAGAGUCUUGGCUGGUUCCAUAAGCGAAGCUAAGAUGUUGCUGGACUUUGGAUUGCAUUUUUGGCUGCAUGGAAGUAGAUCUCGGAGGACCUUGGACUGGCUGGAGGUUGGUAUUGUUGGAGAAAGGAAGGGUAUCGUAUAAUUCUUUUUUAGAAUUUGUAUCAAAUUUGUAAAUCUGGCUAUGUUGAUUUGCCUGUAGUAUUUCUUCAUGUGUUUUUCUAAUUGUGAGCUGUUUUUUUUCUGGCA